GACAACGCCCUGAACCUUCCAGUGUUUGGUUUCUCUGCGAAGAUGGAGGCGGUUGUGUCAGACAUAGUAGCACCAGAAGAUCUAAAGAAGUUUGAAAAGAAGUAUAACGCAGAGCUGGUGAAAGGACCCGUUUCCAGAGACACUACUUUUGAAUAUGCCUGGUGUUUAAUCAGAAGCAAAUACACAAAUGACAUUGUAAAAGGCAUUCAGCUUUUAGAAGAACUGGUUCACACAAGCAAAAAAGAUGACCAGAGAGAUUUUCUCUUUUACCUUGCUGUUGCAAAUUACAGACUUAAGGAGUAUGAGAGAGCACUGAAGUACAUUCGUACGCUUCUGAAGAAUGAACCGGACAACAAACAGGCCCUGGAGCUAGAAAAACUCAUAAAGGAUGCACUGAAAAAAGAUGGUUUAGUCGGCAUGGCGAUUGUCGGUGGUAUUGGAUUAGGCGUGGCCGGAUUGGCUGGUCUUAUUGGUUUGGCCGUGUCUAAAGGUGCAAAGUCCUAAAAUGGAGUUCUUGUGACAUACUUUGAUUCCUUCCCUCUUCAGACUUAAUGAUUUCAUAUAAUCAUAAAAACACAAGGAGGCCUGAAGCUUUUUUAUUUUUAUUAUUAUUAUUAUUUUGGACUUUCAUUAAAUAGUAAUCAUAUUUUACCUUCGUUGUGCUUUAUGAUUCACCAGCUCUUUUUGGUGUGUGUGGACAUAUGGGGUUAAAAUUAAGUCAAAUACUACAUUGUGUUUUGUUUUUCAUCUAAAAUGUUAAUUUGUUGAAUUUAUUUUUAAUAAGAAAUUCAAUUGCCAAGGGUUUGCAGUACUGGACGAGAUGUAUUGUAAAAGCAUGCAUUUCUUUGUUUGUUUGUUUGUUUACUUUUUUAAAUGACAAAUAUAAAUAUAUAUAUUAAUGUAUUUAAACUACAGGUAAUUAAUAUGAAAGAUUUUUGAUAAACUGUAAUACCUCACCAUUAAAACGUGUGCAUACUGAACUAAC